GCCAUAGAGUAUAAAUUCCCUAUUCUGAUACCUUUUUAUCUUGCAGAUAACUUUUACAGACAUGCUCCAUCCAUCAUUGCAGUAGUGAUUAUCAUCUCAUUUUGUUUUUUUGUUGUUUUUCAUGCACUGUAAUUUCUUUUCAGACUAAGAAGAGUGAAGAUGCAUUGCAGAAGAGGAAUGGAAAGAGAAAUUCUCGUUAGGGAAGAGGAUUCUACAGAAGUGAUCGCCUCAGAAAAUCACCUCAGCUUCUUUCAGGAGCUUCUUCCAUCGGCUGAUCGUACGGCUUUGCUCUACAAUCUCUCCUAUCUCUGUUUGGCUAAGUUCCCCAAGUUGGAGAGGGUUUUCAAAGAGUGUGCUGUUGAAACCCAGUAUCUUUUUGGCUCCUCUGAGGCUCUUCUGCAGAAGUGUGUGGACACAAGUAACCAAAUGGUUUCCUCACUGUUUCCUCAACUGAAACUCGCUGUUGAAAAUAAUGAAAACAUUCAGUCAACCAUGUCUUUGCAAAAAGCAGGAGAAUGGAUCACAGAAAUUGUUAACAGAGUGAAAGAGAUGGUGGACAGAUAUGAGAAACACAACCACAGUGUGGCUUCCUGCACCAGUGAUGUGUUUCAGGAAAAGGUUGAGACCGACAAAAAAAAUGCACAAACUACUAAGGCGAUAGAGACUCUGGAGAAGGUGGUGAGCAUUCUUCAGAUGGAACUGAGGAAAACCUUAGAGGAAAUUGGACAAAUUGAGGCAAAGAUAAACCAAAGUCAUGGUAGAUUUGCUUCUAGAAGAAUGUUUGGUUUCAGUUUCCUGGCUGCCAUUGUACCAUUUGUUGGAUCCGUUCUUAAAUCCAUUUUUGAAACUAGACCUGUGAGAAACGAGGCUCUCGCCAAUGAAAAAGCUCAACUCUUUGCUCAGAAGUCAAACCUGAAAUUCCGGGAGCACAAUAUCCAAGUCAGGCUGAAUGAUGCUCAGCUGAAAUUGGAAAACAAGAAGACGGCAAUGGGUUCAAUACCUGACACUGUCUAUCUGAAUGAUGUCCUGAAGUACCUUUAUGAAAUCCAAGAAACUCUGCUCAAGCAUAACUUGUUCUGGAAAUCAGUUCUAGUAUUUCUGGAAUCUCUCGAAAUGCGAGACAUUUGCUAAUGAACACUUAAUUGAAGGAGAAUGAACUGAAGGAUAUUUUUCUGACGAAUAUUGAUUUAGCACAAGAGCAUUGGAAGGCCUUUGGAGAAUCCUGUCUGACGGCAAAGAGGGCUUUUAGCUUGCAGAAUAAGGAUGCGUACAAGUUCCUGGAGUUCAACCCAUCUUCACUGUCACCAGAGGAAUGGAAAAGGCAGUAUGACAUUGUCAAAGCAGAUCUGACCAAAAUAUAAAGUAAUAAUUAGGAGAACUUGUGGACUAAAAGUUAAGGCUGAUUUACGCUUCUGAGUCGAAGAUACGCUGUAGCUACCAUGUGUAGCCUACGAUGUAGCCUGACAUGCACCUCUUCAAAAAUGUAACAAUGCGUCAAUUCUAUGCAGACUGCACGCGUUGUGAUUGGUCUGCUAGAACCCCUCCCUCAGGUCAAAAAACUGGUGCAGAGCAAUCGGAGAAGAGCGAGCGUUUUCAACUUCCAUAGGAAUGAAAAAAUGCUCUUUCACUUUCAUCUGUGCAUAUUUAUAAAUGUUUUAGUAAAAAGCUGCUUUCAAACUGUCGCUGGCUAGCGCUGUGGCCGCUAGUGAGAGUUCCCAGUUUCCUCACGAAACAAUAAAAAAUUUGGAGGGAAAAGAUUAUAUAAAUGGAAUCAGAAAAUGUAUAAUAUAAAAGAGAAACAGCAUGGGGAAAAACUGCUUGUGUAAAAAAAUAAAAAUAAAUAAAUUAGCAUCUUGUCUGUAGUUUGAUUUAUAUAAUUGCUGUGGUACUAUAUGAUACAUUUAUGUAAAAAUCGUAAAGCCAAAAUCAUUAUUAAUAUUGUAUAAUUCAAAAUGUUAUGUGUGUUUGUGUGUGUAUUAUGUGUAUCAUGCUUGUUUAAAUAAACAGAU